AUGCCAGAGCACAAUCACAUCAAAAUUGGUUCAUCAGAACCAUUACUUGCGAAGUGGAAACCGGUGAUGACUGAAGUUGGCGCUUGUUACACAAUCAACUCCAUCGCUGUUAUGGAUGUAUCUGUAACAAAAUCCGAUUGGAACGACACACAUGAACCCAUGUCAUGCAAAUAUUCAACGCAAAGCUGUUAUUGGAUAUUGGAAUGCAAUAAUUUUAUUGAUUAUUACAUACACUCUCCAUACGAUGUCGCAAACAUAAUGUUACCACCGUCCUCCACAUACCCGUCACUCAACCGGUUCUCGGAGCUGACCACCAUGGAGACCCAAGCGGGGCCGGGAGUCAGAGAACUAUCGCCACGUACAAGACACUGCCUUUACACCAGUGAACCAACGAGGCAAUCUAGAAAGGUGUACAGCACCAACAUAUGCCGCCAAGACUGCAGAGGUCGACUGGCGUUGAAACUCUGCGGCUGCCAGCCCUUCUAUUACUUCUACGAUGACGGUCCCCCCUGUACACCAGCGGGGAUGUGGUGCCUGGCUAAACACUCCCAUCGCCUCGCUACCUUCGACAGCGUUAAAUGUAUUUGCAACCAGCAGUGCCUCGACUCUGUCUUCAGGGAAGUCUCCAAGGAGGAACAGAUAUGGUCAGAUUUCUUUUCACCUACAAGAAUUGAGCAAAGAAUUACUUUUCAUAAUAUUUAG